AUUUUUUAAAAUAGUGCUUAAUUUGCUACUCUAUUCUUUUGUGUAUAUAAUCUGAUUUGAUAGUCAGACAGAUUGUUUAAUAUAUCUCAGAUGGUAAUAAACGGAUGAGAUUGAUUGACUGAUGUUUCUAGUGUUAAUAUUUCUACUAAUUUUAGUUACAAUCUCCUGAAAGUUGACCCUAAAGAGUCAAAAUUGAGACUCGGCAAGUACAGAAGGUUUAUAAAUUUGAAUAAAUGUGCCCUUGAAGAAUUCAUAGUGAUGAAAAGACAUCCUAGUAAAUUGUUGCAAUAAGGAAGGUCAUAAGCUCGUCUCGGAAGAUUUUGUGGUCCAUGCCUAGAUUUUGGGAUUUUUGCUGGCUUCCGAUUAAUAAAUGGAAGAUUCGUCUUCAGCUAACAAAACCUGUUACUUGGCCUCCGUUGGUUUUGGGAGUAGUUUGUGGAGCUGCUGCUUCAGGAAACUUUGAUUGGACCUUGGAGGAUGUUGCCAAAUCAAUUGUGUGCAUGCUUAUGUCUGGACCACUUCUUACUGGCUAUACGCAGACGAUUAACGAUUAUUAUGACCGAGAGAUUGAUGCAAUUAAUGAACCUUAUCGUCCAAUUCCAUCAGGGGUAAUUUCCGAGAAUGAGGUUAUCACCCAAAUCUGGAUUCUGCUUCUAGGAGGCCUUGGCUUGGCUGGUUUACUGGAUGUUUGGGCAGGGCAUGACAUCCCUAUAGUAUUUUGCCUUGCUUUGGGUGGAUCCUUGAUUUCGUACAUAUACUCCGCUCCCCCUUUGAAGCUAAAACAAAAUGGAUGGAUCGGAAACUUUGCUCUGGGAGCAAGCUAUAUCAGUUUGCCAUGGUGGGCUGGUCAAGCUUUGUUUGGGACCCUCACACCUGACAUAAUUGUCCUAACACUCUUGUACAGCAUAGCUGGGCUAGGUAUUGCUAUUGUAAAUGAUUUUAAAAGUAUUGAAGGAGAUAGGCUACUUGGACUCCAGUCACUACCAGUAGCUUUUGGUGCUGAAACUGCUAAAUGGAUUUGUGUUGGUGCUAUCGACGUAACUCAGAUAUCCGUGGCUGGUUAUCUGCUAGGAGCCGGUAAACCGUAUUAUGCCUUAGCCCUGCUCGGUUUGAUAAUUCCACAAGUUUUUUUUCAGUUUCAGUACUUCCUGAAGGACCCGGUGAAGUAUGAUGUUAAAUAUCAGGCAAGCGCGCAACCUUUUCUCGUGCUUGGUUUACUGGUGACUGCUUUGGCAACUAGCCAUUAAUUCCCUUCAUGACAAAAUCGCCGUCAGCAAGGUGAGCUAGCAAAUGCGCCUCAUAAGUGCUUCUGCUUGAUGUUAUCAAUCCAGCAGUAAUAGAUUGCCUUGAAGCGAGGAAGAGUUGACAGGAUUGUCUUUCGAUGUCAGGAUGUCGCAGAACCAGAGUAGGACACGUCAAACUCAU